UGAGAAUCAGAACAUAAGUGUCUUUCCAACCAUCAUGAACAGUCUAGGACUGAGUAUAAUACUCAAAAUGGGAUGUCUGUGCUCCAAAGAAUCAGUCAUAGUUAAUUCUAAGAAAUAUUACCUUCGAGACCAGCUUGGAGAGGGUGGCUUUAGUACAGUGUACUUAGGUGAAGAAGUUGGUUCUAAAAAAAAAGUUGCUAUCAAAAAGAUUAUUUGUCAUGGUAUGGAAGAUGAGAAAAUAGCUCUUCGUGAAGCAGAAUAUCAUGAUGUUCUUCAGCACAAGAAUAUAUUGAGGUGUAUAGAUUCCUCAUUGACUGGCCAUGCUGAUCCAGUAUUAAAUUCAACUAGUAUGGUUCUUUUGGUUCUACCUUAUUAUCCCCGAGGUACCCUAUUACAUGAGUUAGAGAGAAGGUCAGCUUCUCAAAGUUAUAUGGACCCUAUUGACAUUUUAUCAAUGUUCUUACAAAUAUGUGAAGGGAUUAAAGUGUUUCAUGAAGCUAAACCAGAGCCUCUGGCGCAUCGUGACUUGAAAACUGCAAACAUUCUUUUGGCUAACAACAAUAGUCCUAUUAUCAUGGAUCUAGGUUCAGUUGCACGUGCCAGAGUCAAGAUCACAGGCUCAUCAGAAGCUCAGAAACUCCAGGAUGUAGCUGCAGAGCGUUGUUCCAUGCCUUAUCGUGCACCAGAAUUGUGGAAUGUUGAAUCCUAUUGUGUUAUUGAUGAGCGAACUGAUAUUUGGUCUCUUGGAUGCUUGCUGUAUGCAAUGUGUUUCUUUAAAUCACCUUUUGAUGCAGUCUACGAAAGAGGUGACAGUGUCGCUCUGGCUGUCAUAAGUGGAACUAUAAAUUUCCCUGACAAUAGCCCUUUUUCUGAGGAUAUGCAUGAUCUUAUUUUAUUCAUGCUUCGUGUGAAUCCAAUGGAACGCCCCUAUAUCUACAGUGUCAUAGAAAGAGUUACCGAUGAAAUUGUUAAAUAUGAAGCAAAGGCCUAAUUGAGAGUCUUUCCAAUACCAUGUUUUCUGUUGAACCCAGUGAGAAAUCAAAAUCGAUGUGACAUCGAAUCGACAUCAAAUAGAUGUCAGUUAUCGGAAAUGUCUCGAUUUGAAGACCAUCUCAGGAUCGAUUCGACACGAUAAUCGACAAUUUACCGACAACGAUAUCGGUCUGACAUCAUUUCGAUGUAACUGUUUCUCACUGGGAACAUGGCUGGCUGACAGAAUAAGAUUAAUGUGCUACCUUUCUUCCACAAACAGCAGUGAAUAAUGUUUUAUCUGAAAACAUCACCAUCACAUCUUUAUUAUCAGAGAUUUUAUUAUAUCACAUUCUAUCAAAGGUUUAAUUAAGGUUAUCACAUAAGUAAGAUAGUAUUAAAAUAUCAAAAGAAUAUUGUCUGUUUUUAAAGAAUGAUAAUAGAAAUGUAGCUCAGCUCACACUUUAACUAAUGAUGUCAAUCUAUUUUUGACGCACCUUUUAAAACCAAAAUGUUUUGUUACUGUAUGUUUUAUAUGUUUUAAUUUCAUGGGACAAUUUAAAAAAAAAAAAAAAAGGAUUGAUUUUUAACCAUU